AUCCAAUCUCGCAUCAAUGUUAAACCAGUAAAUUGAAAAUCCAUAAGGAUAUAAACAUUUCAUCCUCCAUAUUUUCUGGGACAAAUCCUUGAGUAUAUAAUAUAAAAUACACACCAUGUUCGGGCUGCUCUGUUAUAUGCGUAUAUAAAACGGAAUGUGAGCUUACAGUUACAUUCAUAUACGCAUGCAAAACGUAGAAACACAUGUGCAUAUGUCAUUUGGAGGAAAUGGGUUAUCUGCUGUUGAGAAGAAUACACCGAUCUUCCAACUUUAUUCGAAAAACCUGCUUCGCAAGCCAUCAGAUUAAUGCAGAUGUUAUUCCUCUUUCAAAAGAACUUGCUGCCAAUUUUGACAGCUUUUCAAAUCCCUGGAUGACCAGAAUGAUGAGUACUACAAUAGACACAAACUUAAGUAUCCUGCCCAAUACUCUGGACAAAAAUAGCGACACCUACAAGCAAAAUUAUGGGCUUAUGGAGGGUCUUUUAGCCCAACUUAAGCGCAAUAUUGACAAGGUGUUGGAAGGAGGGGGACCUAAAGCGGUAGAGAGGAACAGAUCAAGGAAUAAGCUUCUUGCUAGGGAGCGCAUUGAUCACCUGUUGGACCCUGGCUCCUCCUUCCUUGAGUUAUCUCAGCUUGCAGGACAUGAGUUGUAUGACGAGCCUUUACCUUCUGGAGGGAUUGUCACAGGCAUAGGGCCAGUUAAUGGACGGUUGUGUAUGUUUGUAGCCAAUGAUCCUACAGUUAAGGGUGGCACUUAUUAUCCUAUAACUGUUAAGAAGCAUCUUCGGGCCCAAGAAAUUGCUGCAGAGUGUAAUUUACCAUGUAUAUAUCUUGUUGACAGUGGUGGUGCUAAUCUUCCAAGACAGGCAGAUGUUUUUCCAGACAGAGAUAAUUUUGGAAGAAUAUUUUACAAUCAGGCACAGAUGUCAGCUGCAGGAAUUCCACAGAUUGCUUUGGUAUUAGGUUCUUGCACUGCUGGAGGAGCUUAUAUUCCUGCAAUGGCAGAUGAAAGUGUGAUUGUCAAAGGCAAUGGCACUAUUUUCUUAGCUGGACCUCCACUUGUCAAGGCUGCAACUGGAGAAGAAGUUUCUGCAGAGGAUUUAGGUGGUGCAUUGGUGCAUUGUAAGACAUCUGGAGUCUCUGAUCAUUACGCCAAUGAUGAACUGCAUGGACUUGCCAUUGGGAGGAGAAUAGUGAAAAAUUUGCAUAUGGCUGGAAAUAAAGAACUGGAAGGCGGAACAUGUUUUUCAUCUGAAGUUCAGCAGCCAUUAUAUGAUGAAAAAGAGCUUUGGGGUAUUGUAUCGGCAGAUCAUAAGCAGUUAUUUGAUGUUCGUUCUAUCAUUGCUCGCAUAGUUGAUGGAAGUGAGUUUGAUGAAUUUAAGAAGAUGUAUGGCACGACCCUUGUAACAGGUUUUGCAAGGAUUUUCAGCCAUCCUGUAGGCAUAAUUGGAAAUAAUGGCAUUUUAUUUACAGAGUCUGCUCUAAAAGGUGCUCAUUUUAUUGAACUGUGUGCACAACGCCAGAUUCCUCUUAUAUUUCUGCAAAAUAUCACAGGAUUUAUGGUUGGUUCAAAAUCAGAGGCAAGUGGCAUUGCCAAGGCAGGAGCGAAAAUGGUGAUGGCAGUAUCCUGUGCAAAGGUUCCCAAAAUUACAGUUAUAGUUGGAGGAAGCUUUGGUGCUGGGAACUAUGGAAUGUGUGGACGUGCAUACAGUCCAAAUUUUUUGUUUCUUUGGCCUACUGCCAGAAUUUCUGUAAUGGGUGGAGCCCAGGCUGCUGGAGUUCUUGCUCAAAUUGAAAAGGUCAACCGCAAGCGACAGGGUAUUGAGUGGACGACUGAGGAGGAGGAAGAAUUUAAAGCAAAGGUGGUAGAAAGUUAUGAAAGAGAAGGAAAUGCAUACUAUGCAACUGCAAGACUUUGGGAUGAUGGCAUAAUUGAUCCUGCUGAUACAAGAAAGGUUUUAGGUUUGGCUUUGACUGCUACAAGGCAAGAUACUCCAACAAGAACAACUUAUGGAGUCUUCAGGAUGUAAAUUAGAAGAUGUUUGUUACAAAUACUCAGAUGAUGGCAAGACAUCAAUAAAGCAUGUUAUAUUUAAAGAAUUUGAAAGAGUAAUCAAGAGCAUGGAAAUUUUCUCAAUGACAAUUUCAUAAAUAGGUUGUUAUGAGAAAUGAGAUACAAAGGCUCCAGUCAAAUACAAAUCUUUUUUCCCUUUUUAAAAUUGGACAAACAUCAGACUCGUACAUUGUUAUUUAUUUGUUAAUAAAUCGCUAAUCAUCAUUGCCUGUC